UGCGUUCGAUCUGAAAGUAGCCAUUUUCAAGUGCGAAAGUAUUCCUACGCGUUAAAGUGUAUCAGUAUUUUUUUUUUAUCGACAAUGCAAAUUGCUUUUAUACAAUCCAUCAAAUUUGUUGUUAAAAAAGAACAAUAUUUUCUUGCUCUCGCUCCUAGAGGUAUAGCUACUUUCCGCAGUCUUCACUGAAUCGUACGUAUAGAGGUAGAACAGUAUAGAAGAUCGUUUCGAGAUAGGCACUUGAAUACGAAGAAUUUUCGCAGGUUAAUGAAAAUGUAAAUUCAAACUGAUUCGAACGUAAAUCGAACACGUCCUUUUAUUCUCGAGAAGUGAAAUGUAUUACUGGCAAUUGAUUUAGGUCGACAUUAGGCAGUUUACUAUGCAUUUUUUUCGAGCUUUGGCAAUGAGAACGGAUUUAACCUCUUAAUCCAGGUGGUUCGUGUUUGAAAAUUUAAUUGUGAUUUCCUGCUGUAAUCUCCAUAUGGUGUUUUCUUCCACUGAUAGCACGAGGCACUUCAAAAUCACUCAAAACGUUGUAAGAUCUUGCUUACUUCUGAUUUUGAUGCGACACGAUGGCACCGCAAUUGCAGAUUUUGUCGAAUAUUCUGCAGCGACUAGAAAAUAUGGAAACCACAAUGACUGGUUAUCUUUACGGUAUCAUGUACAAUGAUACUCUUGUAGUUCUAACAUUCAGUAUAAGUUCGUGUAAUGAUGAGGAUAAGAACGUAAUAAAUCAUACAGAACUACAGUUAAAUUUACCUGCAGAUAUAUAUUUCUGUGGCAUAUUACAUAUUGGCGAAUGUGAAGAAAUAAAUCCUGAUGUUUUCAAGGACAUUGAUAUUACAGAUAAUCCAUUACUUUUAAAAUAUUCGCGUCAUACAUCAGAUAUACAAGCGUAUUUCUAUGUGCAUCAAAAACUGGAAGCUGUGAAUAAUUUCAGUAUUGUUAGUGAAGAUGAUCUUUCGCAGCAAUUUGUAUACAUUAAAUUACAAGCAACUCUGCCAUUAGUUGUUCAAGAUGGGAAUGUAUUGGAAGCCUUGCAAGAUUCACGAAAAAAUAUUGCAUCUGGAAAAAUAGGAAUACAUUUUCCUUUGAACAAUGCAUACCUUUUUAGAGCUGAUGACAAUUUAAAAGAUGUAAUGUUAAAAGAUAUUUUAUCUGUGUCCAAAGAUCAAGAGCUUUCAACUGGAUCAAGUAAUGUAAAUUAUAGUACUGGACCUAUUAAUGUUGUGCAUGCAAACAUGUUAUUAAAAAUAUCAAGUGAAAAAAAUUCUGAAGAAUCUAUCAAAUAUGCUCCUGUCUUACAACACAUCAAAAAAUCCUUCAAUAGUUUAGAAUGUAAUUUACACGUUGAUGCAUUGUCACUGGUGAAUUUGAAUGUGAAAUCGACUGAAUUGCAUGCAAUUCUAGUGGAAUCCACUUGCCGGAACAUUAGAUUGAUUGAAAUGCAACAAGAAAAUCAGUCUGAAGAUCCAAAACUACCUACAAAGUUACCUGAAGUUAUGCAUUUUAAACCUCAAGGCUGUGGACUUUUGUUUACAGUGGUAUAUCCUGGUAAUUCUACUAAUGACAGCACAAUGGAAUAUCGUAAGGCUUUACACAAGGCUUUAGCAUUAGAUUUGACUAGACCAUAUUUUCGACGAGGAAAUGCUGUCAAAUUUAAUAUACAGGCAAAUGAGAUACUUAUAAAUCCUCAUCAAGCUCUUUUAUAUAAAGGUGUUACAGGAAAACUCAGUAUUGUGAAUGGUUUGUAUUCGUAUCAUCAUUAUAUGCAGGAUGAUUUUGACGACAAUGGAUGGGGAUGUGCCUAUCGAUCUCUACAAACUGUCAUUUCGUGGUAUAGAUUACAAGGUUAUAGUGAAAUACCAAUACCAUCUCAUCGUACAAUACAACAGUGUUUAAUCGAUAUAGGUGAUAAAUCUUUCGCCUUCCUUGGUAGUAAACAAUGGAUUGGUUCAACCGAAGUCAGUUUUGUACUGCAGACUCUUCUCAAUAUAGAUGUAAAGAUACUUUGUGCAUUAAGUGGAGAAGAAAUGCUGGCCUUAAUCCCACAACUUGCAAAUCAUUUUGAUACACAGGGUACACCUGUCAUGAUUGGUGGAGGAGUACUAGCUCAUACAAUUCUAGGAGUUAGUUAUGAUGAAAAUUCUGGAGAAGGAAAGUUCUUAAUUCUAGAUCCACAUUAUACAGGUGCAGAACAUUUGCCUACUAUAAUAAAUAAGGGAUGGUGUGGAUGGAAAACAAAAGACUUUUGGAAAAAGGAUGCAUUUUACAAUAUGUGCCUUCCACAAAGACCUAUAGCUUUUUGAUAUUAAAUCCACUGCAUUGUAUAUAAUUUAAUUUUCUAAAUGUAAUCAAAGCAAGAUUCUCUUAUAUGUUCAUUAUAAUAGGCACAUAUGUAUGUGCACACAUAUAUGUAUACAUUCAGUUUUGCAAUGUAUUACACCAUUGCAAUUUACAUUUGUAACAUUUUAUCUUACUUGUGUGAUGCAUAUAACACUGGAAUAAAAACAAUGAAUAAGUAUGUAUCUUUAUUUUUAACUAAAAUAUAUAAAAAUUUGGCAAGCUAAUUCUUAUAA